CUUGAAAAAUAAACCCUUUGGUGUAGAAGGUAUUUCACUCUACAGAUAAAAGAUUCAAUGGAUUCAAAAUGCAAGUCAUGUAUGUGUUCACUAGGGAGAUAACAUCCACAUCAUUUAAAAAUAGCACAGACCAACAUCCCCCUGUACAUUUCCUCUGACAUUAACUAAAUCACACAAAAGUAGACAAAGUUGAAUCAGAGUACCAGUGUGAAUAUAAGGGUACUGUAGAGCCAAACACUGCAAAUAAUGCCCCAGUGAAGCUUGACAGUUGGCCAUUUGUGCGAAUACAGUCUACAAACCAUUGGUCUGCCAAAGUAAGAACACAAGUUUACAACUAGGCUAGAUAUAUGCUGACAUACAAACAUUAAAUAUUAAUAUGAAAAGAAUGGAGUGUUUCUCUGAAUGAAUAUUAAUCUGUUACAGUCCCAGGGCACAAGACAGUGCAGAAGUAUAUAUUAUGUAGUAAAUAUCUUUGCCUAUAAAUCACUCCAUUAUUCAUGCAAGUUAUGUUGUAUGUAAAUAUAUUUUUAAUGGCAAUACGUCAUCACCAUGGUUUUAACUCUGGACUGCUGCGUCUUACCAUGGUUUCUAGCAGCAGCGAUGCAGUAAAUGUGAGACGAAAUUCUUUUUAAAAAUAAGGAGUAGUUCACUUAAAAAUGAUAGCUGACUUAAUGAUAAGGUUGCUGUGCAUUUGUAACAAAGCGAUUCGCUGAUUGGCGGCUUGUGCACGCAAUAUGCUUGGCGGCUUACUCCAUCACAUUAAUGUAAACCGUGCUAUCUUUACGUCUGGUAACCUCUACCCCGGCGCAGUUCAGAUCUUGCUUUUACAAGAAGAAAGCAAUAAUAACUCUACUUUAAUGUGAAAAUUCCAUAUAAAUCACACAGAACCUAUGUGUGAAAGCUUAACCAUUUAAGAGCAGUGGGAUUCUUUUUGACUUCUUUUGCUCUUGAUAGCUCCUUGUUUUGUCACAGUAGCUUUGGAAUGCCAUUAAAAGCUAAAUAUUCUGUGUGCUAGAAAAGGAGUCCAGUGUAAAGAGUGGAUUAAGGCUACAGCUGGAUCAUGUCGGCGGUGGCUAGCGCUCAGCCACACUUUGUCUUUGGAACGCAGGCCAGGGUGCCAAACAGCCUUGCCUAUUUUGAUGAACAGACCAUAAUUUUCCCGUCUGGAAACAACUGUGUUUUCUAUGACACUCACCGGAAAUGUCAGCGCUUCGUUACAGCUACUGAGAAAAGCCAAGGAUUGCAGGCCUUGGCCAUCAGCCCGGACCGUCUCUACCUGGCUGUGUCAGAACGCGGUGAGAAGAGCACCGUCACAGUGUAUGAACUUCAGCAAGAUUACAUGAGGAAGAGGAAGGUGCUGAGUGGAGAAGGCCUUUUGCAGGUGUUUGUCUGUAUGGCCUUCUCCCAUGACUCUCAAUACCUGAUUGGGCAGUCAGGAGAACCAGACUGGACCCUCUUCUUGUGGAUCUGGCAGAAGAAUAAGCUCAUUCCCACCAUAAAGACUGGUGGGCCCACCUCUCCCAUCUGUAAGGUGAGCUUCAAUCCUCAGGACAAUACUCAGGUCUUUGUGUGUGGACAUGGCGUGUUCAAGUUCUUCAGUUAUGUGGAGGGGACCCUGAAACAGACCAACAGCAAGAGGCAGGAGCCCCACCACUACCUGUCCUAUGACUGGGUGUCUGAGAGCGAGGUGCUGAUGGGCACUGACAGGGGCCAACUGCUCCUCUUCAGGUACCAAGACCUGCUGUGGAGGACAGACCUGAGAACCAUACAGGACCCUGAACGGUUAGAGGAGCAGAAGCAGGAAGACAUCCAUGUCACAGCCAUCGCUGCCUACUCCAAGGGCUUUGCCUGCUCCGCUGGACCAGGGUUGGUUUAUCUGUUCCAGAAGACGAAGGAUACGGACAUCUACAGGAUAUCCAGAGAGAUCCGGAUCCCGUUUGAUAUCUAUAGCAACGAUCCCAUCCUAGCUGUGCAGCAGGAGAUUGCCUCCAUGUGUGUUAGUCCACUGAAGAAGAGCCUGACAGUCGGCACUGACCUUGGGCAGCUCUACACCGUGGACUUGACCUCGGAGAAGGACCAACCCCAGUUUCAGUUCCUGUCCCACUCCUUCCACUGUGGUGCCGUUACCGGUCUGUCCAUCUGCAUUCAGAAACCGCUCCUGGCCACCUGCUCCAAGGACCGCACGGUCCGCAUCUGGAACUUCGAGACCAGGACGCUGGAGCUCUGCAAGGUGUUCUGUGAGGUUCCGCUCAGCAUAGCACUCCACCCCACCGGUCUCUCCAUCCUGGUCGUCUUCCUAAAAAAGCUGCUUUUGCUGAACUUGCUUAUCGAUGACGUCAGAACCUUCAAGGAGUUCCCUCUGGCAGGGUGUAGAGAGUGUGGGUUCAGCCAUGGGGGGCACGUGUUUGCAGUCGCCUGUGGAACCGACAUUCACUUUUUCUCCACUACAACACUGGAAAAAGUCCUGAAACUUACGGGUCACAAGAAAAAGGUUCAGUCCAUCGAUUGGAGUGAAGAUGACAGAAAGCUGGUGUCGCUUGAUGUGGAUGGUGCUGUUUAUGAGUGGAACGUCAUCACCGGCGAGCUGCAGUUAGAGAUCGUCCACACGUCUUACAUGUACACUAGUGUUGCCAUUUCCCCCGACAGCAAGAUCGUCUUUGUUGUGGGAACAGACUUUACCCUGAGAGAGAUUCAUGAUGCCAAGAUCCUGGCUGAAGUGCCAACCGGUGACGUCACCUACACAACGAUGGCCCUGUCCCGGUCCGGCAGGGUGCUGUUCUGUGGCACCACUACUGGAGCCGUGAUGGCCAUAUCCUGUCCCCUGUUUGAACCGAAGAACUUCCUGUACCAGGGCCAGGGCCACACUGCUCCUAUUACCAAGAUGAUCGUCACAUUUGAUGACCACUUCCUGCUGACUGUAUCAGAGGACGGCUGCCUGUUCAUCUGGAAGAUUGUCUGGGAGAGGUAUGGUCUGAAGAAGGACAUGGAGUUGUGCUACUUGGAGGAGAUCUUCAUCACCAAGUCUGACCUAGAGGAAAAGAACCGGCUCAUGCAGGAGCUCAGGACUCAAGUGAAGGAACUGAAAAUAGACAACAGAUUUCAGCUUUGCUUCAAGGACAUGGACCACGAGCGGGAAGUGCGGAAGAUGACGGAGAAGUACACCGAGGAGAUUGAGAACCUGAAAACCAACAACGAGGUUCUUACAACUGAGAAUGAGAGGCUGGAGCUGUUCCACGAGGAGACAAUGGAAGCAGUGGUGGAGAAGAACACCAGAGAGCUUCGAAUUUUAAAGGCGGAUACGUACCGGAAGCUGACUCACGAGUACGAGGUCUCCCACGCCAUGCAGCUCAACUCCCAGAAGAAGCUGGAGGAGUAUGAGUCCAAACUCCACAAGAUUGAGGACAGCCACAGACGGGUGCUCCAGGACCUAACUGGACGUUACGAGUCCAGGCUGCAGGAGAACAUUGUUAGGCUAACAGCAAGCGAAAGCGUGUCCCAUCAGCAGCAGCAGGAGUAUGAGGUGAUGAAGAAGAUGAUGGAGGAAGACGCGGACCGAGAGAUCCUGGACAUCCGCUGCAGAUAUGAGCACGAGCUACAGAAAGAGAAGGCCAUCGCCACCGAGUACCGGGACGAGACCGGCAUCAUGAGGAAAAAGGCCAGUCAUGUGCAGAAGGAGAUGAGCAACAAGAACACGGAGAUCGAGAAACUGAAACUGGAACUUCAGAAGCGUCAGAAUGUCAUCGAUGCCUUAAAGAAGGACAUUGUGGGCUUUAAGAAUGAGAUCAAACUGAGGAACAGCAAUAUUGAGGAGAAGGAGAAGUGUAUCAGUGAACUGAGGAACAUGAUCACAGACCUCGAUAAGUCCAAAUUUCUCAUGGACUACAAAAUCAAAGAGCUGCUGAAUAAAGUCGAGCCCAAUGAGAAGAUCAUCGAAGAGAUGAAGGAGCAGAUCCAGGAGAUGGAGGGUGAACUGGAGAUGUUCAAAACGGAGAACACCAAGAUGAAGCUGAUAAUAUCAGAACUCAAAGUGAAACUGAAGGUCUCAGAUACAGAUAAGCGUAGAGAAAUGCAAAAGCUGAGCAACAUGGAGUCUCGGAUGUGGAGCUUCAAGUCGGACCUUCACCACUGUGUGGAGUUCAUCCAGGACCCCCGGAGACUGAAGGAAGGGAUAUGGAAGCUCCACAGCACCUACCUGGAGCCGUCCGAUGUGGAGUUCAUCCAGCGGCUGGACUCCGACUCUCAGGAGAGCAUUCGUCAGGUUUUAUGUGAGCGGGAGGAAAUGGCGAGGAACGCGAUUCAUGCACUCAAGAGCAUGCUGGCCAGGGAGACGGAAACGCGCCAGGCUUCCACUAUGAAGACCAUGAAGGAAAAUGCAACACUGAUCACUGAGAUAAACAAUUUACGCUGCAAUCUGAUAAUCCUGGAAGAUCAGCUCCGCAAGAACCAGUCUGAGUUGAACAGAAAGCGGAACUUUUUAGAAGACGAAGGCCCCACGUCCCUGUUCCCCCUCACGGCAUUGGCUGAGGUGCAGAAGGAGCAAGAGCGGACCGCCCAGCUGCGGGUCGAGCCACUGAAGAGGCCUUCCCAGGGGGCCGAGGGGCAAGCCAAGCCUGGCCAGCCCCCCCACGGAGGCAAAGAGCCCCAGAGCAUGCCUGAGACAGGGGCCCUCCCCAGCCCCCCGUCGUAGAGCCAUAAUGGUUGUGAAUAUCAUUAACAUCUGCAUUCUGAAUGGGUGGGACUUUGUAUAUAAGAUGCUGGAAUUUCAUACAUGGUGAAACCAAAAUGUCAAAUUGGUUCAGUGUCAAAUUUAUUUAAAAAAUUAAAUUAAAUUAAAAAAAAAAAAUUCCUAUGGACCUAAUCUCUGAUCUGUGCCCAAUAACACCAUUACAUGGGACCGCUUCAGACCCAGGAGGUUAUUGUUCUGGUUUUUACUGGGGUUGGCCACCAGAUGUCAGUGUAAGACAAUUUGAAAUUAUUCUCGUAAAAUGGCGCAAUGAAACGGCUCCUAAAGACACCCUUCACUUUUUGUCUUUUAGUUUUAAGCCGUAAGAAAAAGGUGUGUUUUAACUUUCUCCAAAUUCAUGAACAGGAGAAAAACAAUUCCUGAUGUAAAGUUGUAAAUGCAGGGUUCAUACUUCCAUCUCCUGGAGGUGAUAUUAGAAUACUUACAGGAAUUGAAAACGCAUUUACUGUUCUCUCUGGUCUCAUGGUUUAAUUUAAAUCACCGGAUAAAAUAUCAGAAUAUUGUCUGUUCAUGACUGAAUUCACUCCCAGUCCCAAAGUGUGACCUCACCUCCACUGGUAGCUUAAGCAGCUAAAACACGCUGCAGAGAAAUUAAGCUUUUAAAAUGUGCCUGAAUAUGUUGCCUGUUUUUGCAUGACUCAUAAUAAAGACGCCUUCAACCUAAUUUUAAGAAGAAGGGCAGAAAAAAUA